UUAAACCUCAUCGAAGAAGAGGUUCUUCAACAACAGUUAGUGAGCCACCACCGUAGCUUGCUAGUCAACAUAGCCGAAAGAUUCAAGCUCUUUAGACUUCGGUGUAUAUUCGCCACUGUGUUUUGAACAGACUUUGGUCGUCAAGCUAGUUUACCAUUUACAUUUCAUAUUUACGUUGCUAGUAGUUAGCUAGCUGGAUAGCUAAAACAGCCUAGCACUAGGCUAGUCGAUGAUAAUAAUGUGCUAACUAGCUAGCUAACAUCCAACCAUGAGCUCAUUAAGCUCCUGCCCUGAUAAAGAAGAGGGGGUGUGCUGGACGGAGAAAGAGGGUCUUUGGCUGAACAUUGUCGUAAAAGAGGAGGAGGAGGAUGAGGCUGUCACAGUAAAAAAAGAGGUAGAGGGUGAGGCUGUUGCAAUUAAAGGUGAAGGAGCUCCAGUGAAGGAAGAGUUUAGAGUGAAAGAGGAGGACGUCGUCACUGUGAAAGAAGAGGGGGAAGAAAAAGUGAAGGGUGCCGUUUUUGGAGUGAAGGAGGAGAUAAUUGUAACGGUGAAAGAAGAAGAGACUGGAGAUCAGAUUAACAACGGAGAGAGACGAGACUCUCCCUCUGACAGCGAGAAGAGUCCUUCAGGUGAACCAGACCCAAAGACGUCCAAACCAGCAGGACGACACCACUGCUCCCAGUGUGGAAAGAGUUUUACCCAGUUAGGGAGCUUGAAAACGCAUGAGAGAAUACACACAGGAGAAAAGCCCUACCACUGCUCCCAGUGUGAAAAGAGUUUUAGGUGGUUAGGUAGUCUGAAAAAGCAUGAGAAGACACACACACGAGAAAAGCCCUACCAAUGCUCCCUUUGUGGUCAGAGUUUUACCCAGUUAGGGGCCCUCAAUAAGCAUGACAGGACACACACGGGAGGUGAUAAGACCUACCACUGCUCCAUGUGUGGAAAGGUAUUUAACCGCUUAAGGCAUCUGAAUAAGCAUGAAAGAAUACAUACACAGGAGGAGAAGACAUACCACUGCUCUCAUUGCGGAAAGACAUUUUCCCAGUUAGAGGACCUGGAAUCGCAUGAGAGAAUAGAGAGGCUGUGUUCUGACUUAUGUUUUUGACUGGGAAUUUGUGUUUUUGUUCAUGCCACAUGAAAUCAAAUUGUGUCAAUUAAGUUUUACUCAAAAAUAGGCCUCGAGACAUAACUGUAUAAAAUCAGAUUAAAUAUUUUAAUGUGUAUUUCAUUUUGAUAAUGUCAUUUAAUUUCAUUGGAUACAAGUAAGUAUAAACCAUCCAAUGUUGUUCAUUAUAUUAUUUGGAUUUUGCAAAUGUAAAUUAUUAUAUAAGUCACUAAGUAAGUAGCCUUUCACGAGCCUUGGCUUGUCUGAGCCAGAAUUAAUCUCCUAUUUUUGUAGCUUGAGGCAGCUUGAUGUACAAGUACAUCCCCUGGACAGUACACUUGUCUAUUAAGUUAUAUAUUGCUGGGUUCUGAGAAUAUGAAAUAUACUUAUUAAUGUCACUGAGGGAGAGAGGAUAAUGUAUAACGUUUACAUUAUGUCAGGAUAUGUAAUUGUUAGCCAUCAGGGAUCCUAUGGGAGGGAUCCACUGGGAG